CCUUUCAGUUAGCUGUGAAUACUGAAAUUUUCAAGUUUCUAUUGGAUGGUAUAAAUACUGUGACAUUCGCCGAUUGUAGGCACAGUGUAUCCAAGAACUUAUCGAGUCUACAUCAAUAGCCAUUUUUUAAAAAUGAAGAUGUUCGUCGCUCUACUAUCUCUAAUUCUGGUCGUCGCUGCCCACGGAUCCUACGUUCCAUCGGUUUGGUCUUCCCACUCUCUCGGCUGGAACUCCUGGAAUGGUUGGAACGACUGGAACGGAUUGAACAGCUGGGAUGACCACAGUUCGGUUGCCUGGCCAGCAUAUGGAAACUCAUGGUCAUCUGCAGCGUGGCCAGCGGCUUCUCUCUACAACAAGGGCUGGAAUGAAUGGUAUGCACCAAAACCCACCGUCGUUCAGGCUAACGUCGCCAAAGUGAACCCAUGGGGACUUCCCUGGGGAUCAUACGGAAAUGGCUACAACAACUAUUUGGGAGGAGUGCCGGCUGCCAAAUACAUCGCCGCUAAUCCAGGAUCGGUUCAUGUAGCUCCCCUUGUUGGUCAUGCCGUCAACCAGAAAUUGAUUGUUGCUUGAAGGAUUUGAUUGAUUGUUCAAAUUGAUGAAAGA